UAUAGAGCCGUGUAAUGUAUGGAAGUGAAGAUAACAGUGUGGUGGUAUAGGGAGUAGGGGACAGAGUUUCCUUACAUUUGACUGCAAAAGGAAAUUGCACAUGUGUACAUCUAGAGCGUAAGAUCGUGCCACACGUGGAAUGAAUGCACGGCGUACCGUCCGGGAAGACGACGGACUACGGACGGGCAACAGACGACGUGCGAACACAGAUUUCGGAUGGCAAAAGGAGAUUUCGCUUCGAACAAGGAGAGUAAUGUGCGUUUCCAGCGUAAAGGCAAUGAAAGAAAAUCGACGACGUCCCUAAAAAAAUCCCCCGAUAGUGUGUACGCACCGUACGAGGGUUCCAACGGAGAUACACACGGCGACGAUAGUGUGCUAACUCGCAAGCCAAACGAGCUAAAGAGAAAACACAAUGUGACAAUGGAAACGGGAAUGCAAGAUGGAGGUGGCGCUGUACACAUGAACAACAUCGACCAAGGGAACUACAACCAGACGCAGAGGAUGAAUUCUGAGUAUCCCCCGGACGGGGUAAUGGGCGGACAGGAAUACGGAAAGAUGGGAGACGGAGGCAUGAAUCCUCCGUCGAGCGGAAUUAAUGCAUACAACGGCGGGUACAGUAGACCAUACUACGAGGGCAGCGGUAUGGUCAACGACGCCGCAAACUCUCAAGCGAACAGCAUGUACGGGCAGUACGGCCAGAGCCCUGUCGGCUACGGCAAGGGCAUGCAAGCGUCCCGUGGCAUGGGCGGCCCGAUGGGCAGCUACGCGUCGCCCGGGCAGCCCCGCAUGAUGUCCGGCGCGGCGAUAAGCCAGCAGGGCGGCCCGACCCCGACGCUCAACCAGCUUCUACAGUCGCCGAACCCGGCUACCCGCUACCAGAACUCCUACAACGACUACGGGGGCCGGCAGCUGGGGGCGCACGCGCAGGACAACGGCGGGAUGGGGUACAACGGUCCGAGCGGCCCGGCGGGACCGAACCAGUGGAGCCAGCGCGGUCCCUACCCGCCGCAGGGACCCAUGGGGAGGAUGCAUCCCUACCAGCAGGGCGGACCCAACAUGCCAGAUCCUAGUCAAGGCAGAGCGCCGUACAGUGGGCCCGGCGGUCAGGUCUACCCACAGCAGCACCAGCCGAGCCAAUACGUAGGCUACCCGGGUGCACAGCGCGCCUACAUGCAGCAGGGGGCACCACCGGUGAGGCCCAUGGGCAACCAGCAACCCUACCCACAACCGAAAUCGGCCUCUAAGAAAUCAUCAUCAAAACAGUCUAAGGCGUCUGUUACCCCCACCCAGGGGCCGCCCCACCACCAGGCGCCAGCACCGUACGACCAGCAGAGGGCGCCAGCGCACAUGGGCUACAACGCGUACAUGCAACAGCCAGGAGGCGGCGGAGGCGGGGGCGGAGGAGGUGCCGGCCCGCCCCCAACGUCGCAAGGAGGGGAAGGCCCACCACAACAG